AUGAAAUUCCUCAACCAGGUUGUCGGAGAAUCUUCCCGGUUUGUCUGGACGGUUAAUCUGCUGCUCCGACGAGAAUUCCGCCGUCGGAGAGAGGGAUACGGACGGAGAGUGAGAAAUGCUAGCGAGAAGGAUAGUUUCCGUCGCGAAGGGUACGCCGAAAUCGCUAUACUCCAGUUCUGCGCAGCCUUCGAAUGAGGGCAAAAGCAGUUUCGUACGAAAGGCCGUGUCGUUCGUGCUGAUCACGGUGACGGGUGGUGUUGCUUUGAGCGCUCUUGACGAUCUUGUUAUCUAUCAUGACUGCAGCAGUAAGGCUGUGGAUAAAGCAAGUAAGAGCAAGGCAAUCAUAGAUGCCCUUGGGGAACCGAUUAAGAAGGGCCCCUGGUACAAUGCAUCUCUAGCAGUUGCUCAUCAGAGGCAUUCUGUUUCUUGCACAUUUCCUGUAUCCGGUCCUCAAGGCAGUGGAAUCUUCCAGUUGAAGGCAGUCAGAAAUGGAGAUGACACGUGGUUGUCCUUUCUGCGUCCUCGGGAUUGGGAAAUUUUAAUCAUGGAGGCGCUCCUCCAUGUUCCUGAAAAUGAAGAGAAGCAACGGACUUUUCGUAUAAGUCUGCCGGGUGAUUUUCCUCCUCCAGAUAGUAAGGCGUGCAUGAGCUGCUCAUCCUCAGAACAGAAGCAUGGAGAAACACAGAAGUCAUCUGCUAGCGCUUGAGAGUGACGGUUUUGUAUGCGUCGCUUCAUAACUUUUUGGCAGGCUUUGGGUUUUGCUAAUCGCGUUGUGUCGUUUUGUGUUAUACAUUAUUUCUGUUGGUGACUCUAAGAUUUGAUGCAACAAACUUGGGUGAAGCCAUCAGUUUGUGACUGA